AUGUCUGAUAUUGACCAAUUAUUACAAAAUAAAUUAAAAGAACUAAACUACAUUAAACAAAUUAGAAUACAAUCAGAUGAACUAUUAAAAGCACUUAACGGAAUUACUAAUAAUCUAGAUAGUGUAAGUCAUAAUGUUGAAGAUGUUGUUAAAAUAAUGAAUAAUUGGGAUGCCAUAAUUAAAUCUGUUUCAGCCAGUAGUAUUAGCUUAUUACAAUACCAAGAAAAAGAUUACGAGGUUAAUCAUUGGAAACCAAAAGAUACAAAAAAUAUAAAUAACAAUCAAAAUGGUGAGGAUAAAAAUGAACAAGCAGAGGAUCCAAAUAAUGAUGAUAUUCCAUUACCUGAAACUAUGGUUAGAAUAAGAGUUUUAAAAGAUGAAGACGCUACUGAGGGGGGGUCAAGAUAA